CGCCUUUUACCUUAGCCUCUCUGCUUCUCUUCUCUCUCUCUCUACCUGUAUGUACUUCUUCUACUCAUUACCAUCCACCCUUAAAUCUUUCUUAUAUUUAUUUUUUAAAUAGAAAAGAAAGAGAGAGAGAGAGAAGGGUUCCUAUAUAUACACUCCAAAGAUUAACCAACAAGAGUUUCACCAUCUUUUGUUGAAAUAUCAAUUUGGAUAAGAUAGGUCAUUCUCCUUAUCCUGAUUCAUAUUCCCUUACAUAUAUUCUAAUUAGGCAAACCAAGCAAGCUCAUGACUUCAAAUACAAGGAUGGAGUACAAUCUGUUUUCUCUUUUCACUACAAGCCUACUUAGGAGUCUUUUGAUAUAUGCAGCAGGAUCUUUAUUCUUCAAAGGCCCUGUUCUUUUGUGUUGAUGAUCGGUGGGUAAGGUAGAGAUAAUGGCGUUGGUCACCCAUCAAAUGCAGGGUUCUUAUGUGACAUGUCCCUCAAGGUCGUUACUUUGGAUAAGGGGGAUUAAAUUGAAAAGACAUGUAACUACACUUCACAUGUCUGGGAGAACAGAUGCUUCUUUCUUACUAAAGCGGAAUAUUUCUUCGAGUGUAGGGCCUUCAUGUGUAAGCAGACCAAAACCUAAAGCUUUGCAAAUUUUAGCCUUUAAAGGUAAUGCUCGAAAUGAUGAACCUGGAGGAAGAGCUAGUGGAUCAAAAAGUGGCAAGAACUCGGUCAAAUUAAAAGAAAGCGAGGAUGCCAUAUCUGAAUCUUCAAAGGCAAAUGAUGUUUCGGUCUCUUAUGCCUGCGAGGCAAAUGAGAGUGUGUCAUCACCUGCUAUUCAUCGUUUAUUCAAGAAAUGGUUGACAAACCUGCGAACGCAAUCCUCAGAUCAUGUAGUGGAUGACAUUAUAGAAGGAGAGGAACCAGCUCCUACCAAUAUAUCUGAAACUGAACUUGAGACUGAGAAGAAGGAAACAACUUCUCUUUUAAAGAUGGUUUGGUGUCACUUUUUAAGACUGGAUGCAACAAUAAAGAUACCGUUGAUGGUAUUCAUCCCUAUGUACCUGGCCAUAAAUCUGAAAUAUGGGGCUGAAGUUUCAAAAGAUUUGACUCCCUUGUGGAUAGUUGGGCCCGUUAUUGUUGCCCUUUACGUAAAGAUGCUUGGAUGGUUGUUUGGUCUCUAUGUAUUCACAUUCAAGCAGGCUGUUAAAGUCAUUAAGAACUGGCCCGCGUACUGCAUGUUUGCCUACGGCUAUAUUGUGCAAGGAAAGCUUAAGGAGGAAGUUCAUGCUCGCUUCUGGCAACCCGUGUUGGGCAUUAAAAACAUGAACUACAAGGAGGCAUCUAAACAAAAGAUGAAGGAAUGGGGAGCGUGGUUAGUAGAGAAGUACCUUGAUUUUGUGGAGUCAAUAUGGCCAUAUUAUUGCAGAACAAUUAGGUUCCUAAAGAGGGCUAACCUCAUUUAGAUUGGGAGAGUGUAUUUUAAGAGGUCUUCAGUCAGAGAGGGACCAAAAAAUUGAGUCGGUUCUGAUGGUGACUUUUUGAGGAAGUUGAUAUAGGUAAGCUAGGCAAAACCCGUUUUUGGAAUGAAUGGGGUUCUCUGUAUGUUUGAGCUUUGAGCUAGAGCAGGAACAUGAUAAUGCAGAGUUGUCUGAUUUCUGUAAUUUUUAUAAGGCAGGUAAUUUGAUUUUUGGAUGAGGCUGAUCAUCAAUUUAUUUUUGUUGUAUUUAGUAGUUUCUAAUCUAUUAUUGAGAGAGAUAGAAUGAUUGGAACUCUUAGAGUCAGCAGCAAGAGGGUGUUUGUUUUCAUGUUUCAACUUCAUUAUUCUUUCUCUCUUUCUCUCUUUCUCCUCCCUCUCCCUUUCUCUCCCUUUCCAUAAGGUGAUUGAUUGGGAUAAUUUGUCAUUUCGUGUUAUGUGAUCAAAUUAUUGAGUUUUAGCACGAUGAAAUUAAUAAUACCAUUCGCUUAUUAAAA